AUGUAUACUAUUGAAUGGAAAAAAAGAGGAUUGCCUCAUGUUCAUCUCUUAGUGUGGCUCAACGAUAAAUUAAGGCCAAAUUACAUCGAUUUAGUUCUUAGUGCUGAGUUGCCAAAUCAACAAGAAGAUCCUUCCCUAUUUAAUGUCGUCAGUAGAAACAUGAUUCAUGGCCCAUGUGGUACAUUUAACAUGAAUUCACCGUGUAUGCAAAACGGAAAAUGUUCAAAAGGUUUUCCGAAACUGUUUACUAUUGCGACACAAUCCGGACAGGAUGGUUAUCCAAAAUAUCGUCGUCGAUCACCGGAUGAUGGGGGGCAAACUUUUCAGCUUAGGAAAUCCGGUAAUCGCAUGAUCACAAUCGAUAAUCGGUGGAUUGUGCCAUAUAGCCCUUUAUUAUUACGUGUAUUUGACUGUCACAUCAACAUAGAACUUUGCCAUUCAGUAAAAGCCAUUCAAUAUAUUUGUAGUUAUAUUAAUAAAGGAUCUGAUCAGGCUGCAUUCUCAGUAGAAUCGCGUGAUGAAAUUAAAGAAUUCCAAAAUGGCAGAUAUAUUAGUUCAUCAGAAGCUGCAUGGCGGAUAUUUGGUUUUACGAUUCACGAACGGUCACCAGCAAUUUUUCAACUCUCAGUACACCUUGAAAAUGGCCAACGCGUCUAUUUCACCGAUCAAAAUGCUCGCGAAAGACUUGAAAAUGUUAGAAACACCACUCUUAUGGCUUUUUUUGAACUUUGCCACCAUGACGAAUUCGCGAAAACAUUGCUUUAUAUUGAAGUUCCAUCUUACUAUACUUUUACUAAUAAUCGUUUCAAUAGAAGAAAACAAGGAGAGUCAAUUGUACAAUACCCUGGAGUCAAGAAAUCCAAUGUGCUCGGUCGAGUAUACACUGUUCACCCAAGUAAUGUUGAAUGUUAUUAUUUACGUAUGCUUUUGCAUCACGUCCGUGGACCAACUUCAUUUUUAGAUUUAAAAACUGUUGAUGACGUUAUCCAUCCUACAUUUCAAAGAGCUUGCCAAGCGCUCGGUCUGUUACAAGAUGAAAGUCAUUGGAAUUCUACUCUCGAAGAAGCUGCUUUAUUUCAAUCAGUGUCGAAUCUAAGAGAACUUUUUGUUAUUAUGAUAGCAUUUUGCCACAUUACUAAUUUAACAGAACUGUGGGAAAAUCACAAAAAUAAUAUGUCAUUAGAUAUUUUGCAGCAAGAAAGGCAUCGUUCUGGAAAUCACGAUUUAGCUGUCACUCCAUAUAUUUUGAAUAAAACGUUAAUAUUAAUAGAAAAUGAUCUUCUGAAAAUAUCUGGAAAGAAGCUGUCUGAUUUUAACAUGGAAUCACCGUUACGAACUGAUGAUAAUGAUAAUAAUUUUCUUAGAGAUAGGGCUUAUAUUGCAGAAACUUCUUAUGAUUAUGAUAUACUUUCAAAGUACAUCCAGGAGAAUGAGCCGAAGUUAACAAACGAUCAGCAAGUUAUUUAUAAUACUAUUUUACAAAGUGUAUUGCAAGAUACUGGAGAAUUAUUUUUUCUUGAUGCUCCUGGUGGAACUGGUAAGACCUUCAUGCUGAAUCUCUUGCUUCCAAAGCUACGUGUAGAGAGAAUAAUUUCAUUAGCAGUCGCUUCUUCCGGGAUAGCAGCAACAUUAUUACAAAAUGGCAAGACAGCACAUUCCGCUUUCAAAUUACCUUUGGAUCUUCAGACUAACGAACGCCCAGUUUGUAGUGUGAAGAAACAAAGUUCUUUGGGUAAAUUAUUAAGGGAGACACGUUUUAUUGCUUGGGAUGAAUCAACAAUGGCGAAUAAAGGUGGUCCUGAGGCACUUGAUAGAACGCUGAGGGAUUUUAAAAAUAAUGAUCGCCCAAUGGGCGGAGUUGUUAUUCUUUUUGCUGGUGACUUUAGACAAAUAUUGCCAGUUGUGCCUAAAGGCACUAAAAGUGAUGAAAUCAACGCCUGUCUAAAGUCAUCUUAUCUUUGGUCUUACAUAACAUCUUUGAGAUUAACAACCAAUAUGCGUGUACACCUUGGUGGUGAUAAUAAUGCCGAGCUCUUCUCACAACAUCUUUUGAAAAUUGGUGACGGAACUUUUCAGAAUGAUAAGGAUAGCAUAAUACAAAUAAAUUCUACAUUUGCAAUUUCGGUUCUUGAUCGAAAUAACUUAAUCAACAAAGUUUAUCCUGAAAUUUCUCAUCUUUCCAAUAAAUCCAAUGAAAUGAAAAAGACGGAUAUAACAAGUACAGAUAUAACGCUCAUAAAUGUAAACAAAUCAAAAACGAUUUAA